GCCUUAUUACGGUAGUCAUCACACUCGUGCAUCGAUCCUUGAGCGAACAUGUCGAAGCCAUCGUUCCUGUAGUCUCAUCGCAUGCAAAAUGAACACGGAAAAAAUCACAUUGGAAUGCAACUUCGCACGGUAAUCCGUACAAGCUGCGGAGGGCAUCAUCAUCGGAACUUUGGCCGCACAUGCGAGAAUUGGACCCAUCCGCACGCCCGCGUCAAACGCCUCAGCCUUUCCAUAGAGGAACAGUAUUAAAUCUGUGGAACAGUACCUAUAAGGAUACAUAUGUGCCAUACAUUGAUUUCGCGAGAAUUGUCGGCAAAUGCAAGCGGGUGGGUCCCACCACAGGACCAUACCACCGCAGCAAAAAUGGCGGCUCUGCUUGCCUGCUUGCUUGUGGCUGAUCACAGCGUGCGCACCCUUCUCAGCGGCGAAGACCAGUCCGUUGGCGUGCAACCUCGACCAAUCGGGGUGUGUAUGCUAUCCCAAUGGCCAUUCCCAGGACCUGGAGGCGUUCACCCAUCUGCCUUCCACCUCCGACCUCCCUCGUCAAUGCUCCGCCGCUUCGUCUUGCCUUCAGUGCCCCGUUUCGUCUCGAGCUCAACUCUCGGGUCCAUCUUACCAACUCCUCGCGGUUCAUCCUGCCCGGAAGAACAAUUUGGCAUCAUUCCGAUAGAAGCAGCGGUCAUGGUUUCCAUGGGAAAGCACACUUCCGCUUGCUCAUGUCGCAGCCUCCCAUGUCAGGACAUCAAACCGCCGAUCACUCUUCAGGUCGAGUCUUGAGCACUCAUCUCAUGCAGGAGCUACCGACAUCGACCAAACAUGGUAGCACGCGCUGUUGGCCCUCUCACAAUCUAGAUU